UUUGAUGCUCCUACAAUAGACGCAUUGCUGGCAGGUAAAAUGGAAGAUGAAGUAGAGAAGAUUGGUAAUAUGGUUAUGAAAUUUCUGGGUGCCGUUAUGAACGGACCAAUAGCUAAAGACCAUCUGUUAGGAGCAUUAUGCACUGGAGUCUCAUACUUAGUAAGUGCUGACGUUUCUACAUACCUCAAUAACAUACCUGCUUACAAAUUCUUACAAAAUAGCCGGUUUGUUGACUAUUAUGGACUCGAAGAUAAUGAGUUGAUGUUGCUUCUUAAUAAUGUCAUUCCUGAAAAGGAGAGAGAUCAAGUACGAGACAACAUAUUCCAAUUCUACAAUGGCUAUUAUCAUCAGAAUACACGUGUAUGUUGUUUGUGGUCUGUCCUUCACUAUGUGCGGCACUACUUGAACCAAUCUGAUGAAAGUUUAGAUUUUUGGGAUGGCUCCCCUUUAAGUCGUGGAGUGGCUGGUAUUCUCAAACAUUCUUCUAUUCAGGAAGACAUGCUUGUUUUAAUGGGAGGUGGAUCCAAAAAAUUCCAGCCCCUUAACAAAGUAGAUGCAACCGACCUUGCUAACUUAUUUCAGUUGAUACGGGCAGGUCAGCUUUUAGAUAUUAAUGUGCCUGAUCCAAAAAUAAUAUUUACAUUUUUCCUUGAACAAGGGUAUCUUUCUCACAAUCCUAAUUGUAGUCCUAGAGAUAAUGAGGAACCUUUCAGAAUUAGGAAAGAAGUUAUUGUAAAAAUUCCUAAUGAAGAAAUUCACGAUGCAUAUAACAAUAUGUUAACACACUUCUAUGUCACGAUUUAUGGUUUUAGUGAAACAGCGAUGGAGAAAUGUGCAUCAAUUUUUAGCACAAUGCCUGCAGAUAUACAUAUAGGUGACGAGAGAUAUGAAACACUGUUGAAUGAUUUCUACGAAUGUUUGCUGGAUUCAAGGAAUGUGUUGUUGAGAAAUAUUUCACAAUUACGAAGGAUGGUGAGCCGGAGAGAUAUGGUUACAUAGACAUGUGGAUGUGCCGCAAAGAUGGUUUUGCUGUUAUUUGAAAGUUUGGAUUAAACAAGAAAACAUCAGAUCAUGCUAUGAGAGAUAUACUUGAAGUUGUUCCACCGAAAAAAGUAGCCUAUGUUGAAAUAUUGAAUCAACGGAACAUACAAAAGUUUGUUCUUAUUGGGUUGAGUAUGAAUAGUGACUGCCGAGUAUUCAUUCGGUGUUUGGCAAAUAGCAGAGACUCCAAAGACUGUAUCUCCUUUCCUAAAACAAUCUGAAUAUCUCUAAAAAACAUUUUCAUCACUGGACUGUAAUUUGAUGAGACUGUCGAAUGUAAUGUAAUGCUAUAUAUUGUUGUAGCAAUUAAUCCUUUAGCUUUAAUAUUGUAAGAGUUAAGUAGCUCUUUAUUUGUCAAGCAAUGGUCAAAUGGUAUCCACAAUGGUCGUUUGUAAGAUUUUGCAAUCAAGGUUUCCCAAUGAGAACAAAAUAUAUGUAAUGCAAAGAAAGUGUUGAAAAUGUAA